AUGGCGCAAAAGGAGAAGAUUCGAGAGAAAUCUGCUGACAGUCAAAGUUCCAUCCCAGUCACGGCGCAAAUACUCAACGAAUCGGUGCUCAAGUUCGCCGUGGAAAUGUAUGGGCAACUGCAGUCCCAAAACGAAAGCGGCGAGAACCUCAUCUUCUCACCGUUCAGCAUCGCCGUAGCACUCACCAUGGCCCUCGCCGGCGCUCGCAACAAUACAGCCGAGGAACUCGCCAGCCUGUUGCACGUCAAAGACCACCAGGACAAAGGUCACGAACACUUUCCGGAAUUUCUCAACAGCCUCUCCCAAUUCGCCCCGGACGUCGAGUUCUACGUGGCCAAUCGGAUUUACAGCGGCCAACAGUUUACAGUCAAGAAGAGCUAUCGUUCGCACCUCGAGAACUCGUACGGCGCAACCAUCAGAUCCGUCGACUUCAAGAACAGCCACGAAUCGGUUCGGCUCGAAGCAAGCGCGUGGGUCUCGGAACGAACCGCAUCGAAGAUUCGGGACCUGCUUCCUCCGAGAAGCGUCUGUGGCGGUACUGUGCUAAUCCUACUGAAUGCUAUUUACUUCAAGGGGUUCUGGAAGGCACCCUUCAGAGCAGCCGACACGGCACCACGCAACUUUCACCUCGACUCCAAGAACACGGUUCGGGUGGACACUAUGUUCCAAGACAGCGAGAGUUACAGGAUAGGCAGUUCCAACGAACUCAGGGCCCGAGCCCUGGAGAUCCCGUACAGAGGUGGCAUGAUGUCAAUGGUCAUACUGCUUCCGGACGGGAUAGAAGGCCUGCCAUUUCUGGAGAGGCAACUGACGUGGGAGAGACUGAGCUCGCUUCUCAGAUGCCUCAAGAGAAGCAACAAUGUCCAGGUCAGCAUUCCCAAGUUCAAGAUCGAGUGCAGACACGUCCUCAACGACAUUCUCAAGGCCCUCGGUGUCGUCGACCUGUUUACGCCGGGUGUUGCUGACCUUUCGGGGAUGUUCGAUAACGGCAAGCCAGCGGUCUCUGACAUUUUCCACAAGACGUUGCUUCAGGUUGACGAGGAAGGCACGGAAGCCGUGACUGCCGCAGCCGUAAUGUUGUGCUCCACCCUCAAGAAAUGGCGGCCAACGUACUUCGCUGUGGAUCAUCCUUUCAUGUUCAUCAUCAAGAGCAAGGAGCCCGACGUCAUCCUCUUCAUCGGCUCGGUGCGGAGGCCGUAAAACACGCUCACACAGUAACAAUAAACACUCGUUUUGUAUUUAGUAA